AUGGGGACAUCUACUGUGACACAGUGUGUCUUGCUGGGCUCUCCUGGUCCCUGGAAAAUGCAGGUCACUCUUUUCUCAGUGAUUUUCUUGGUCUGCAUCUUGACUCUGACUGGGAAUAUGGCCAUCAACUGUGUAGUAAAGUGGGAGCACCGGCUCCAUACUCCUAUGUAUGUGCUCCUGGCCAACUCUUUCUUAGAGAUCCGGUAUGUGAACUGCACAGUCCCCAACAUGCUGGUCAGUUUUCUUUCCAAAAUCAAGACCAUAUCCUUCUCUGGUUGCUUUACUCAAUUCUACUUCUUCUUUCCCCUGGGCACAACUGAAUGCUUCUUCUUCUGUGUCAUGGCGCGUGAUCGGUACUUGGCCAGCUGCCAUCCACUGCACUAUCCCUCCAUCACAACCGCACAGAGUUGUGACAUUUUGGUGUCCUGUUGGCUCACUGGUUUCGUUGGAUAUUCAGUUCCUAUUUUCUUCAUUUCUCAACUACCUUUUUGUAGUCCCAACAUUACUGAUCACUUUCUGUGUGAUGUGGACCCACUGAUGGCAUUAUCCUGUGCUCCUACACCUAUCAUAGAGCACAGAUGCCAUUCUGUGAGCUCUCUUAUCAUAAUACUCACCAUUUUGUACAUCCUGGGGUCCUAUACCUUGGUGCUCAGGGCAGUGCUUCAAGUUCCUUCUUCAGCUGGGCAGCAAAAGGCCUUCUCUACCUGUGGAUCCCACUUAGUUGUGGGGUGUCUGUUCUAUGGAAACCUGGUGAUGUAUAUGAGUCCCACAUCUGGCAACUCUGUUGCUGUGCAAAAGGCUGUCACACUGAUGUAUUCUGUAGUGACACCAGUCUUUCCCUUUAUCUAUAGCAUAUGCAACAGAGACAUGAAAUUUGCCCUCAGUUGGGUCCUUUGUGGAAUAAGAAUUAUCCAAACCUUGUGAAUAGGUUUUGUGAAACCCAAAGACUCUGUUCAGCAAGUAGAAGAACAAUCUUCUUCUUCCAGCCCAAACUGACUUGGCUUUAUUC